UCGGGGGUCUGCAGGUUUGGUCCUGCGGAGGAGUUGUUCUUCGAGAAGUAAGUCGACUGGAGCAUAUUCUUAAAUAGCUAUUGGGCAGCGAUACUCGAGUUUGAACAUCGACAGGGUGCUGAAGUACAUACAGACAGCUGCAGCAGAUUUCAUAAGUUUUUAGAUCAAGAUGGCUCCUGAUGUAUCAUACACAUCUACUAGCUCAAAGGUUGUUGUGGACAAUGGAUAUGUUCAAGUAACCAUAUCCAGACCCGGAGGACAUGUUACAGGUAUCAAAUACGGAGGAAUGGACAAUGUAUUGGAAGAUUCCAACUCGGAUACCAACCGAGGGUACUGGGAUCUGAACUGGAAUGAGGUGGACGGAUCAGACACAUAUGAUGCACCAUCUGGAACUCAAUUCAAAGUUGUUGCCUCAGAUGGUGACAAGGUCGAGCUGUCCUUCAUCCGAUCGUUCGAUUCGAGCAAAUCGCCGGCCAUGGUGCCAUUGAGUAUUGACAAAAGAUUUGUUGUGGUGCGUGGGCAUUCAGGCUUCUACACCUACGGAAUCUACUCGCGGGCUUCCGGAUGGCCUGAUUUUGACCUCGGUCAAACCCGAGUUUGUUUCAAGCUUCGCGAAUCCGAUUUUCAUUACAUUGCACUUGCUGAUAACAAGAUCAAAUUGAUGCCCGUACCGUCCGAUCUUACCGAUGCUCGAAGCGAGCAGCUGGCUUACAAAGAAGCCAGGCUUCUUACCAAUCCUCAGAAUUCUGCUUUAAAGGGACAGGUCGACGACAAAUACCAAUACGCUCUGAACAACAGAGACAACAGAGUUCACGGGUGGGUGGCCAACGAGACCGAUCCAAUGGUCGGAUUUUGGAUGAUCACACCGAGCAAUGAGUUUCGGAAUGGAGGUCCCACCAAGCAGGAUCUAACAUCCCACUCUGGUCCUACUUGUCUCGGGAUGUUUCACAGUGCACAUUUUGCUGGUAUCGAUCUUUGCCCACAAUUCAGAAAUGGAGAAUCUUGGAAGAAGGUCUUCGGUCCAGUGUAUGUGUACCUGAACAAGAAAGCUGCUGGAACUGCAGUUCGUGCUCUGUGGGAUGAUGCAAAAUCAGAACUGAAGACAGAACUGAAUGCUUGGCCUUAUUCUUGGCCCUCUUCGUCCGACUAUCCAAAGUCAGCGAGCAGAGGACAAGUCACGGGCAGACUUUUGGUUCAUGACAACUAUGCAACGCCCAAAACGAGGUCAGCUAGAGACGCACUCGUAGGAUUGGCAAAGCCGGGAGACCAGGGAUCGUGGCAAAAGGAGAGUAAGGGAUACCAGUACUGGGUUAAAGCAGAUACAGAAGGAAACUUCACCAUUAAACAUGUUCGUGCUGGAACUUACAACCUGUAUGCCUUUGUACCUUCCGUCAUUGGUGAUUACAAGAAAGCAGAAGACAUUACAGUUUCAGCAGGUGAUGACAUAGCUCUGGGUACCGUUACCUACGAGCCUCCACGAUUCGGUCCUACAUCUUGGGAGAUCGGUACACCAAGUCGAACAGCUGCUGAGUUUUACAUUCCGGACCCCAAUCCAAAGUACCCCAACAGUCUUUACGUUGAUAUCGAGAAAUGGCGCAAUUACGGACUCUGGGCAAGAUACGCGGAGCUUUAUCCAUCCGAAGAUCUGGUCUACACGGUGGGCACGAGUGACUACUCAAAAGAUUGGUAUUUUGCACACAACACAAGGCGACAGUCCGACGGGACAUACACAGCGACAAGAUGGCAGAUCAAAUUCAGUCUCCCCAGCUUUGACGAGAGCCAGGGUGCCUAUAAGCUCCGUAUGGCAAUCGCCCAGGCACAGAUAGCAGCAAUUCAGGUCCGGGUGAAUGAUCCUGCAGCUAAGCCUGUGUACGAAACCCCGGCAUUCGGCAAAGACAACGCUAUAGCGCGGCAUGGAAUUCAGGGUUUGUAUGUGCUCUACAGCGUCGACAUUCCAGCAGCAGAUCUGAACAAGGGAGAGAACAGUAUCUACCUCACACAGAGGAAAGCUUCCGGCCCAUACAAUGGGGUUAUGUACGACUAUCUGCGCCUAGAAGCACCACCGAGCUAGAGGCGUCAUCCAUUCGACAAGAGUAACGGAGUCAUGAGGAGCGACCCCAUAACACGAUGUAAAUAGAGAAAGGGUCAGUGACAGAGAUAAUGCUUUCGAGACGCAGCUCAGAUUCAAUCAAAUGUCCGUUGUAUAUACUGAGAUAAUCACGACGGGGCCUCACCUGGAGGAAGCUUCUUGAGUUCUUCCAAUUCAGCCAGCAGCUUAUUUUCGCAAGUAGCUCGGUUCAGUACAAUUUGGGAUCGUAGUGCGUCCGAUCAAUCCAAGUUUUCAGAAAAGUCCGGACAAGCGCAGUUGGUCGGACACUAAAAAGAUAAAAUCCUAUUGUGGACAAAUUGCUCUUUUGUCCAUUUAGUUAUCUGAAGACGAGAUGGAAUGCUUCAUUAGCUGAAUAAGUUAGGUAGUCAACGGUGGCAGAUUCUAUACAUUUUCCUCACUGGUUGCACAUGUACAGCUAUCAUUAAA